UGCUUUGACGAGAGACUUUUUUUUCAUUUAGUCAAAAAAAAAAAAAAAAACAGAGACGACAUAAAAAGCAGAGUAGUAUAAAUACGUCAAAAGCUGUAGAAAGCAAAAAACCAACGACAUAUUUAAAGCAACAACGUGAAGCACUUGAAACGAGAGCUUUGACAUAUAUCCGCACGAAAACGUUAUCAGCGUUUUGCGUCGGCGGCUGAGUGUUUUAGUGUUUACAAGUUAACCAAACUAAACCCUCUCCAUCGACCCUUUUAUAGUUCUAUUCUCCACAACACAAGAAAGUUGAUAUUGCGCUUCCUCUUUUCAAGAUGAGCCGAAACGUCAUCAGCAGCGUCGGCGUUUGGCAGGGGAAUAACGUCUACUAUGGAUAUGGCUAUGGAGGAGGAGGAGGAUACGUGGAGAAGAGACAGCUGUUCCUCAAGAGCUACCAGUUCUCGAGGAAACAGGGGUUAACGGAGAGGAUUAAGACAUCCGUGAGGAGAGUGGUGAAGAAAGUUGUCUGGAUGAGGUUGAGAUCCGCUCGUAGGAUGAAACGCGUCGUUUGGUCGCGUCUCAAAAUGGCCUUCUUCUACCGCCGUAGACGCUUCUUUCGUCUCCUUCACCCAAACAAACCCUCCUCUAAUUACUGCUUCUACUAAGUCUCUCUUCCUCUUUGUUUCUUUGUUUCUUUGUUUUGUGUGUGUGCAUAGUUCGUUGCUUGCUUUAAGCUUAAUCAUGUUGUUAAUUCAUUAAAUGAUCUUGUUAUUGAUGCUGGUUAGGCUUGUAUUUAACUUUAAUGCUAGUCACGGUGUGAUCAAAUCUUCCAAAUUAUUCACAGUUUUUUUUUUGGAAA